AUGACGGACAAAGCAGAUGAACGCGCUGCGCUCGUCAACAGACAGUUGCCAGAAAUGACACUGUCGACAGCAGAGAAUCCCCUCACUGCGCCCCGACCUCCUCCAGAGGACCUUUCUGCGGCACAGAGAGCUCAGUAUAGGUUCGAGGUCAAGGGCAAUGCGAUCAUCACUGGCGGUGCAGGUACACUUGCACUCGAAGCUGCCCAAGCCCUACUCGAGCACGGUGCCACCGGUCUCGCUUUGUGGGACAUGAACCCUGACCAAGCCUUUGAGAGUGUCAAGACGCUACACUCCAAGUUCCCGCACGCACGUAUAAUCACCGAAGCCGUCGACGUCCGCGAUGAGAACGCGAUUGCGUCGGCAUUAGAGAGCACGGUGAAGGUCCUCGGCAGCGUAGAGAUGCUCUGCUGUUUCGCGGGGGUUGUGGGCUGUACACACGCCAUCGAGAUGGCGGCCGAUGAAUGGCGACGCACACACGAUAUCAACCUUACAGGUUCCUUCCUUUGCGCGCAAGCUGUUGCUAAGCAGCUGCGCGCUCAGGGGAGUGGUGGAAGCAUUACAUUCACAGCCAGUAUAUCCGCGCACCACACAAACUACCCACAGCCACAAUGCGCGUAUAACUCUUCCAAGACAGCGUUGUUGUCUUUGGCGAAGAGCUUGGCGGCAGAGUGGAGUAGUUAUGGUAUUCGGGUUAACUGCCUGAGUCCAGGGUACAUGGACACGAUACUCAACGAUGGCGACGGCUUGAUAAGAGCGCGCAAGAGCUGGAACGAUAGGAACCCGAUGGGACGCAUGGGUCAUCCAUGGGAGCUUACUGGGCCACUGGUGUUGUUGUGUAGCAAUGCAGGACGAUACAUCAACGGAACAGAUAUUAUUGCUGACGGUGGGGCCAUGGUAUUCUAG